ACGUCACAACCUCGAGCGCCAGUGUUUGUGUGUGUGUACUCACGAGCAGGUAGACGACGACGAAGAAGAAGACGCCAAAGAAGUUUCUGGAUUUUUUAAAUAAUAGUGCGAACUUCAUUGAGUUUAUUUUUGAUUAUUAUUUACACCAGUACGACGAAAAAACUCCCGCGUUCCUGGCGGAUCCAGCGUCAUUGGUGGAAGUAAAGAAAGGGGGAGGAGUGGAGAUACUGUGCAUGCGCUUUCUUGGCUCCACGACGUGCACGCACAGCGGGGUCGGUCGAUGCGGAGCAGCAGCAGCCCUGGCUUUGGCGUGGCUCCUCGGCCUUCCCCCUUUGCCAUCUCUGCGAUCGACGGAUAAAUAAAAACAAAAAGGAUAAAGCCGGGCGGUGCAACAGUUGUGCAAGGCCCACGUUGGCUGCACCGGAGCCGAGUCGUGAGGCGUUUGAGGAAACUGCAACUUUUCCAACUUGGAUGAGGUGAUUGCGCUCAGUGGACUGUGAUGCCUGCUACUGACGAUGAACCGGGCGGCAUCAUGGAGGACCAGCAUGUGGAGGAGGGAAGCCUGGCUAACGCGCCCCCGUCAGGUCCCCUCCCCGUGGUCCCUUCCUCUACACCCACUUUUCCCACCGCCGCGACACCAGGCUUUGGCAGCGAAGCGUCACUGGAGAGCAAGGCGGUCUCCGUGGCGCAUAGCGACGGCGUCAUGCCGCUCCACUCCCCCGCCGAGGCCAGCCCGGCCAAGCCCGGCGUAGCAUCGCCCACCACCUUGGACAGCACGGCGGAGACGGGCCCAGCUAUCUCAGCUUCGGACUCUGUAGCGUACGCCGACAGCAGCCUGGUCCACAUAACAGAAUCGGCACCGGUGUCGACCGCGCCGCCGGCUUCUGAUUUUGGUUCAACGCUCCAGACGGAUGACCAUCCUGCCGUCUUGACCUUCAGAGGUGUCAGUGUGACUCUGGAGAACGACCGUGUGUGGAAGCAGUUUUACAGCUGCGGAACCGAGAUGAUCGUCACCAAACACGGCCGCCGCAUGUUCCCCUACUGCCGCUACCGCAUGGCGGGUCUGGAUCCCAACCAGCGCUACAGCCUGGUGCUCUCCAUCAUUCCAGCAGACACGUACAGGUACCGCUGGAACUCCUCAAAGUGGGAGGUCAUUGGAUUGGCGGAGCAGCAGGCAGAGAGUCCGGUGCGGGCCUUUUGCCAUCACUACACGCCAUGCCUCGGCUCCGACUUGAUGGGCGGGCUGGUGUCCUUCUACAAGGUCAAACUGACCAACAACCCCAGGGACCUGGAGGGCCACCUCAUCCUGACGUCCAUGCGGCGCUACAUUCCCAGGCUGCACAUCAUCCCCCUUCUCAACGAGGUCACACCCCCGCUGCAGCAGCCUCUUGUCAUCGGUCCAGAGACCAUGACCUUCACCUUUUCACAGACGGAAUUCAAGGCCGUGACCACUUACCAGAACUUUAUGAUCACCCAGCUGAAAAUUAACCACAAUCCUUUUGCCAAGGGCUUCAGGGAGGACAGGGGUGACACUCCAUUGCGUGGAACGGGGACGCUGCUGCUGAACAGCGAACCUCUGGGCCUACAGCCUGAGGAACAAAUGGAAACCAAAGACGAACAUGUGGAGCAAAGCCCUCUGAGCACCAAGUCCGUGUCCCUCCCCGCUGAGCCCAUCCCCCUCAACCCCACCCCAAAGGACGAGCACAUCACCAGGUGUGUGACGGGCAGUCAAGCCUCGGGGGACCUUGUGCUCACCUCAAAACGUUCACUUGUGGAAGUCCAAGAAGAAGAUGUGGAUGAUGAUGAUAAAGUUGAUGUUGAUGAUGCUCCCCCCAGCAAGCAGCCGCACAUGGAAGUCACCCCGAAAACACAGGUGUCAUCACCAUCACCAUCGUUACCGUCAGCAUCCGUCCAGGAGUCCCUGAAAGUGCACGGCAGGAGGAGGGGGCACUGGGCGAGAUUCCGCCCAGGAUGGAAAUUCGCACCCUCCCCCGCAGAAGACCACAGGCCGUCAUUUGGCGUCGCUACGCAACCAGAGUUGGAUGAGGUGGAGGGCAUCACCUUUUUGUCAUUCCACACGAGAGAGGCCCUGGAGAGUCAUGUCAGAGCCUUUCCCGCCAAUCCGGCCUCGACAACACCGUCAGAUUCCUCAGCAACUCCCACGCAGUCCAAAAAGACGGAGGAGCUGAUCCUAGAGACGCUUGAGGAGAAGAUUUGUCGCCUGGAGGCCAUCUUACUGAAGGACCUCAAAGUUAUCAAACACAGACAGGUCAUCCACCCUGUCCUCCAGGAGGUGGGUUUGAAGUUGAGCUCCCUUGACCUCACCAAGUCCAUCGACCUGCGUUACCUGGGGGUUCGCCUGCCGCUGCCCCCCUUGGAGCUGCCAAGAGCAGACAAUGGCGGCACCUGUAUGGGCACUGACGGUGAGGGAUUGCCCUUCAUCUCCCGAACAGGAAAGACAAGUGACAUAACCAAAAUAAAGGGUUGGAAAAACAAGUUCAUUCAAAGCAAGCAAGCAAGUGAUGCAUCCCAAAAGAACCACUCAGCCUUCUGCAGCAACAUGCUGGAUGAGUACCUGGAGAGUGAAGCGCAGCAAAUCAGCGAGCGCGCCGCCGCCUUCUCCACCAGCCCCGAGGUGGCAUCGGUGGCCUAUCAGCUGCCAGAGAAAAGCUCCAGCUACGUUAAAACGCUUGACAGCGUGCUCAAGCGGCGCAAGGCCGCCCUGGGCGUCAACAGGCCGUGCCCGCGGUCCUUCAAGCCCCUCCUUUAUGCCGCCUUGAUGUCACCGGCUCCAGGGCUGGCGAAACUUGCAGCGGAAGAUGCUAGUGCUGGUUCUGAUCCACAAAGUUCUUCCAAGCAGACGUCCCCGAGCUCCAGCCUGAGCAGACCUUUGUGCGACCCACAGGUUCAGUCCAAGCUGAUGGACAUGGAGGCGGAGGCCGUCAGCCAGGGAUGGGAGAGAACGCAGGUGACGUCAAAGAGGAUGUCGGCUGCUCUGUCUGUCAUGUUGACUGAAAAGAAUUCUCGAUACAGCUGGAGUGGCCAGUGUACAUGUCAACAAACGGUGUUCAUACAGCAUCCAUCAGGUCCAGAGACCUGCAGAAAUGACCUUGAGACCUCUCCUGCUCCUCCUCCUGUUUUUGAUCAGACGCCGCACCGCCAGGCUCUGCAGAGAUCUCCCCCGCACCUGGACCACAAUGCCACAGGGCCAGAAUGUGGCCAGGAGUUCUGCAGGCUGGGCUGCGUUUGCCCCAGCCUCCAAUAUCCCAAAGCUGGCCCCCACCACUGCCGGCAGCCCGAAUGCAUGUUGGGCUGCACCUGCUACCAGCACAAAACAGCUGAAGCGACUCAGGCAAGGUCUAGUAAACUGUGGAAUCACAACAUUUUGGACAAGGAUCUCGAGCCGCUUUUUUCUCCAAAAAGCCUCAGCGCGUCCCUUCUGAAGACACCUAAAGCCUGCAGUGCUCCUCUGCUGCAAAAGAUUAAGGAAGAGGACAAGGAUCCGGUGUAUAAAUACUUGGAGAGCUUCUUGACGUGCGCCCGCGUACGGACGAUCGAUAGCGACCCGCCGGCUCAGCUCACCAUCGAGCCCAAUGGCAUCGCCACACUAAGCGAAAGCACGGCGUCCAAACAAGUGGCAGUUAAAAAACACAUCGAGAUCCAGUCGGCGUGCUGUUGGGAAAAAGACACCCAGAUGGUCCUGGAGGCCCUGUGCCAGCGCAUGAGUCAGAACAAGCUGUCCGACUCGUUCACCGUGGGACCGUAUCACAUCCACCCCAUCAUGAGGAUCUUCAUAAAGAAGCCCAGCGGAGCCGUCCUCACCUACAGGGUACACAUCGGUCGAAGUGCAAGAAUUACCUUGGGCAACAACAACAUGGAGGAGGAGGAGCAGGAGGAUGCUGAAUUCGCUAACAACAGCUGUGACGAAGAGCAGGUCCUGGCGGAGGUCGAGGGCUCGAGGCUGUUGGGAGUCACGCCCUUCCUGAGUGGCGUGAUGUCUGCUGGCGUGAUGGUCGCCAGGAUGAAACCCGUCGGUGUCCAAGAGUCUGGACUCAUAGUGGUCAACGGGAAGUCCUACAAUCAGGCGCGGCUGUUGUUGGGCAGCAUGGGCUCCCUGCACCCGGCCAACCGGCUGGCAGCGUACGUCACUGGAAGGCUGCAGCCCAGCGUGGACAUCCCUUUGAAAACCGACGGCGGACCGAAACACGACCCGGCUGCUAAACAGAGCUUAAAGGUCGCCGGCAGACUGCUUCCCCUUGUGGUCUCGGCGAAGAACAGCACUGACGUGAAGACGCACCCAUUGUUUCACUUGUUAAAAGCGCAGCGUGAAAACAAGGAGGCUGAGACUCUGCCGCAGCAAGCUCCGACCUCAUCCCUCAACCAGAGAUCAGCGCUGGGGCCCCUAGGCGCCUUCCAAAGGCCCUCAUGCUCGCCCGUCUCUCUUACAGUGUCGCCCUCGCUGAAAACUCCCAGCUUCCUGAGCCAGAGCGGGACCUACUGCUUCAGGAUCUGCCCUCCGUCCAACCCGGUCCAAGGAGACCAGAAGCAGCCGGGCAUCUCCUUGCCGGGGGGCUUCACCCUCAUUCAGCUGCCAAAGCCGGAAGCUGCGCCCACGGGGCUGCAAACGGCAGGGACCGACGAAACCUGUAAAGUGGCGGAGGAGCCGGGGGAGGUGACAAAGGCCAUUAUUGGAACGCUUUCAGGGACAGAGGGGGUCAUCCUGAUUUCUUCUUCUUCCGAAGAUGAAAGCUCCGACUCGGGCUCGUCUGACUUGAGUGACGAGAACUCCUCUGUGGACAUCGAGACUGUGGAGGAGGCCAAACAGAAAAAGGCCAUUGCCAGAUUGAAGGAAAUGGCCAAGGAGUCAGAAGGAACCAAAAUCUUGCCUCAUCGCUCUGCUGUCGAUGAUGCAUGGCUUAAAAAGCAGGAAAGCAAAGACGAUGAGGACGACGCUAGCUGUCUGCUGACCAAGAAGCGAAGGCAGCACACGGUGCUGGAGAGACAGCGGCGCUUUGAGCAGCGGGCCCUUUUCGACGGGCUCCAGGACGUCCUGGAAAAACAGGCAACCUCCAGACUGCACCUUCUCACAAUGGCUACUAAUGAGAUCCACAUGCUGACUGCCAUGGCCAACAGCCUGCUGGAGACCAAGAACCAGCUGGCUCGGAUUCAAGCGCUCCACCUGAAGAAGCUGUCUUCCUUGUCUGGGAAGUCAGAGGAACGGAUCCAAAGCAACCUGAAAAUCCUCUUCAAGAGGUUGAAGGGCAAAGGCAGCUCCAGCACAUCGGAGCCUCUCUUCAUGCCUCAGCAGCACCAGUCCACAGCUGACCCCCUCAAACUGGUGACCACCCCGCUGCCAGCGGCAACCACCCAGCCCAAACCGCCAGCGGCAACCACCCAACCCAAGCUGCAGUCACCGCCGACCCCGACCCCACUUCCAGCAGCAACCAUCCAGCCCAAACUGUCAGCGGCAACCACCCAGCCCAAGCUGCAGUCGCCUCCACCCCCACCGCCAGCCCCAGUACUGCCGCUGCCUCCUCCCCCAACCCCAUCUUUACCUGAACCAGUGCACCAACCUCACCCCCCUUCAGUUCCGCCUCCGGCAAGCAAUCCCUCCCCGCCGCCCCAAAGUGAUGCCCAACCACUGCUUCCCUCCGACCCCCCAAAGCCACCCCCUCCCCCUCAAGCGCCAUCAGAUCCUCCUCCUCCUGCCAAGGUGACCGUGACUCCACCCACGCAGCCUUUAUCGCUGCCUCUGAUUCGUUCCAAGACUGGCAGACUCAUCCUUCCCUCGUGUCUGAAGCCACCUGUCCAAGGCGUCUACACGCUCAUGUUCAGGAACCCCACCCAGGAAGGAGAGAUGGACUCCGUCCUCAGCAUACGGACGUCCAACGUGACCUCUGACAAGAACCAGGACCAAGUUUCUCCGGCAGACUCGGCGAGGCCUCAGGACGCACCCGGCCAGUCCUCGCCGAACGUCUCAUCUGGCAGCGCCGCAUCGGAUGCCGGGCAACCCAACGUGAAAACAUGUGGCGAGAAGCGGCAUCCCCUCAAAACAGAUCCCAGCCCGCCUGUCGUACAUCGACCCAGAGGUCGACCGCCGAAGCACGCCAGAAUCCCCCCGCCUGCAAAGGACAAAAAAUGUUUGGUGAGCGUGAAAACGAGAAGGAACGCCCCGCCGUGCAAACGUCCCAGGGGGAGACCUCGGAAGAAGCCACUGGUGGUGGGACACGGAGAGGACAACUUCGCCCACGUCACCGCCACCGCAGACUCCUCUGGAGGUGGCAGCGGGUCACGGCCACGAACACGGGCCUCACUGGGUAAGAACUUCCCCAGCGCCAAGAGGCGGUCCUGGAUAGACCUCGAGAUGGAGCUGGAGCCUGAAUCUGAGUCAGACUGAGUCUGCGUGGGUUGGAAUCACUACAGUGGGAAAUACAGGUCGCUAAUCAUCACCUGAUGUGCCUAAGUGUGUGUGUGUCUGUGCGUGUGUGUGUCUGUGUGAGAAUGAAUGUAAAGGACCAGAGUCACUGUGAAACACUUAAUGCUGCUUAGUUAGCUUGCGGACCGCUCUUACUUUAUCAGGUACGUAAAUUAAUCCUGCUGAAUGUUUGCAUGAUGUAUGAUUGCUCACACACACACACACACACACACACACACACACACACACACACACACUCUUUUGUUUAGGUAAAUGCCACAUGGAUUUAAGUUGACAAUAAAUGGGUGUGAAAGGUGAAAAAGCAAUUAAUGGUAAAUACUGUACUUUGUUUUAACGUAUGCUCGGCAUUAAAAUGCACUGAAUCAUUAUUUCCACACACAAACUGGGAAAAGCUGUCUUAUACAAAUGAUGAUUUUUUUUUUUUUUCCCAGUGGUUGAAUGUUGUUUUUUGGUGGAAGACGUCAACCUUUUCUGGGUUACAAGCAACACAAGAGCCACGUGUUGUAUCAAAAGGAAUAUUGUAAUUUUUUUUUUUUUUACUGUGAUUGUCACUGUUCAGUUCGUGUAGCCUUGUCAAAUAAAAAUAAUAAAACAAAAUAAUUAGGGCUGUCAAAUGAUUACAAAUUGCAAUCAAAUUAAUCAGUUUUCACACUAACUGCAUUAUUAUGAUCCAUGAGGUGUUGCGUUCAAAGACAACACGUAACGUAAUUCAUUGUAGUUUUGAGUAGAUGUAUUCUCUAAGACGUCCGAGUAAACUUGAAUACAGCAAUUUGUACUUCCGCAGUAAAACUUGGUGAGAGAAGAAUUAUGUACUUACUGUUUUUCUUUGUAUUUCUGUUUAUCUAGACCACGCAUACAUACGGAGCCACCGAGGGGACAGAAGGAAAAAAAAGAUGGGUAAAAAGAUGAAUUAUUGCGUUCACUCGUCAUCUCGCAAAAGUAUGUGACGCUACAGGACACACUUCCGGUCAUAGCUUGCCGACACAGCGAGUGGAAAUGCGUGAUUUAAUUUCCAUCUUUACCAUUUCCGCAUCCCUCACUGCACACUUGUAUAAAGUGAUAUUGUAACUACAGGAACAAUUUUUAAAUUCCGUGAUGGUUAAUCGGCUCGUCUUUUGAAAAAUAAAAUGUCAACAUCCGGUCCUAGUUAGUGUUGCUGGAAACUCUGAGUACUGCUAGUACUGCAAAGGAAAUACAUUGAUUAUCCAUACAUGGGAGUCUUUCACUUGUGUGCACUGCUUGUCUUGUCGGUAAACACUCAUAUCAGAAACUCAACCAAUGUGCUGCUUUGAAGUUUCAACGUCCUGAACACGGAAGUAGUGGACGUACAAUGCUGUUAUUGUAAACAGUUUUGCGAAAUCUAGCAAAAAUUUGUCUUUUUUUAUUUACCCAUCAAUCUUUUUUUCUGUGUCCAU